AUGAGCGUGGCGGGGAAACAGCCUCCUCCAGCACCGCUCGAGCGACCCGGCAGCCUCCUCGUCCCCACCUGGACUAAAACUGGUAUUGCAUUGUUGUAUGAUGAAGUAUCCGAAAAUGCUUAUGACAUCCAGCUGAAGCUUACAAAAGAGGUAUUAACAAUUCAAAAACAAGAUGUCGUCUGUGUUAGUGGAAGUGAUCACAGUGCAAAUCACAGAACUGUUACACUUCAUAGACAACCAGUUGGUGGCUUGGGCUUAAGCAUAAAGGGUGGUGCUGAGCACAAAGUGCCUGUCGUCAUAUCAAAAAUACUUAAAGACCAAGCAGCUGACCAAACAGGAAUGUUAUUUAUAGGAGAUGCAAUAAUACAGGUUAAUGGUAUAAAUGUAGAAAGUGCUACCCAUGAAGAAGUGGUACACCUACUGCGAAAUGCUGGCGAUGAAGUUACCAUCACUGUUCAGUACCUCAGGGAAGCUCCAUCAUUUUUAAAGCUCCCAUUAGGUUCCCCUGGACCAUCCAGUGAUCACAGCAGUGGAGCUUCAUCACCUCUCUUUGACAGUGGCUUACAUUUAAAUGGAAACUCAACUAACACUGCUCCAUCAUCACCUUCUUCACCCAUAGCUAAUGAACCAAAAUACGAGAAGCGCUGGCUAGACACCUUAUCAGUUCCUCUGUCAAUGGCUCGAAUCUCGAGGUACAAAGCUGGAACAGAUAAAUUAAGAUCUAAUGCAUUUGAAGUGCUGGCACUCGAUGGAGUUAGUACUGGGAUACUUCAGUUUUAUACAGCCCAGGAGAGUGCUGACUGGCUGAGAGCAAUAUCAACUAACAUCAGUGAUUUGACACUUCAAAAUAUGAAAAUGGCAAAUAAAUGCUGUUCUCCCUCAGACCAGGUUGUACACAUGGGAUGGGUAAAUGAGAGACUUGAAGGAACUGAUUCAUCUCAGCUCUACAAAUUCAAGUUUUUGGCACUGAAGGGUUCAUCCUUCUACAUUUUCAGCACUCCACCGGUAAGCACACUAGACUGGGUACGAGCUGAAAAAAUCUAUAACCUCUGUGAGGUUCUAUUUAAAAUUCACAAGCUCUGGCUUGCUGAUGAUUGCUGGCUACAAGCAAACUUGUAUUUAGGUAUUCAUCAGGACUUUGAUCUAGAAGACCAGAGGCCAUAUUGUUUCAGUGUUAUGGUUGGACAUGGCAAGAGUCAUUAUUUCAAUGUAGAGCUGGGCAGCGAGUUGGUGGUGUGGGAGAAAUCAUUUCAAAGAGCGAUUUUCUUGGAAGUUCAAAGAACAGGGUCUAAAACAUAUAUGUGCAGUUGGCAAGGGGAUACCCUGUGUUUCACAGUCGACUUUGCUCUGGGAUUUACCUGUUUUGACAGUAAAACAAAGAAUGUGCUGUGGAGGUUUAAAUUCUCUCAGCUCAAAGGCUCUUCAGAUGAUGGGAAAACAAGAGUAAAGCUCCUUUUUCAGAAUCUAGACACCAAACAAAUUGAGACAAAGGAACUUGAAUUUCAGGAUCUGACGGCAGUUUUACACUGUAUUCACUCCUUUAUAGCAGCAAAAGUGGCAUCUGUGGAUCCAGUAUUCAUAGACAGUCAGAGUAUUGCAAGAAAAUACAUGUACAGUAACUGA